AUGUCGACAAAGAAAGUACUCUCGAAUGCUGUAAGUUUGAAACAAAGCGCAAUCUUGCAGAGCCCCAAGAAAUGAUUUUUCAGGCCAAGGAGGCACUUCAUCAUGCCGAUGAACUGGAGAAGGAGGCGAACCGUCGCAGAAGUCUUGAGGUUUGUUGGAAUAAAAUUCUCAUAUCAACAUAAAUAUAUUUCAUUUUUCCAGAGAAAGUCCAAAAAUUCCACACCCUCGUAUAAAGAGGAUCGGACACAAUCAUGCACAACUUCCCGAUCCAACUCUCGCUCACAUCACUCCAAUUCGACUUCUGGAGGAGCUUCAGGUAGCAGCUCAUCAAGAAGCCGCUCCAGACGAUCAUAA